AUGCGGCGCGUUGAUACGAUUCUUUCUCACGUGGGGCAUCGGCGCUAUUGUCAUUGGGAGCGCUCCGGUGAUGCCGCCAUCCUCAUUCUUCACCAUGAACCCUCCAACAACCUCACGCCGAAAAUGCGAGCAGCCAUACAACAUUACUUUCGUCAGGCGGAGGCAGACCCGGCGGUUCGCCGCAUCAUUCUGACGGGCGAAGGCCACGCCUUCUCCUGUGGGGUGGACCUCGCGGACUUCAGCGCAUCGGCGUCUCAGAUGGAGUACGAUGGCGUUCUCAUUCCAAGUCUCGCGACGCUGACAAACAUGGUGGAGAACAGCGUGAAGAUUGUUGUGGCGGCCAUUAAUGGUCUCACCUUCUCGGGUGGACUGGAACUUGCACUUGCGGCGCACUACCGCGUUGCCUCACCAUCGUCGGAAUUUUCAUUUCCAGAAGUAAAGCUUGGCAUUGUGCCCUGCGGUGGGGGAACACAACGGUUGCCACGUCUGAUUGGUGUUCGAGCAGCGGUUGAUAUGAUCACCACAUCCAAGAAGUUGACUGCCAGAGAAGCACUUAGAAUGGGUCUCGUGGACCACUUGGCGAGUUGUACGAAGAAACAUGAUAAGGACAGAAACGAUGGUGACAGCACGGUUUCUAACAAGGAUGGGGAUCACCUACGUGGGAACAACGACCAUUUGGUGGCUGUCGCAAUUCAACUCUCUACCUAUUGGAAAACCCCACGGCAUUUAUCGUGCGACAAUAGGAGACUCGGCAAUUCUAUACUCAACCGCGCUCUGUUCCGCUGGAUGCAGCGGGAGAUUGACAAAAAUGCCCCCAAGGGCGUUAAAGCUCCGAUGCGAUGCUUAGAAGCCAUCCGGGCUUCCACAACCGUGGCUUCUUUUUCGGAGGGAUUGCAGGUGGAAAUGAAACUCUUUUUUGAGUCCUUGGAGUCUCCUGAGGCGCAUGCCAUGCAACAUCUUUUGCGUGCAGCAAACGCUGCUUUUUGUGGCAACCUUGCCUCACUUCCGCGUGGUGCAUCGGAUGGAUUAAAUAUCCGCCGCUUUGCAGUGAUUGGUUGUGGAACCAUCGGCACGGGUGUAGUACUCCUCAUGUUACGCAGUCAAAUUCCGGUGACGGUUGUGGAAUUGAACGAAGAGCAAUGUCUUCGGGCUCGUCUUUUUAUGCAGGAGGAAUUGGAUCGCGAGGUGGAGAAUGGUCGCCUUUUACCCGAAUUGUGUGAGCAGCGUCUAUCUAUGUUAUCGCUUGUUCCUUACCACGCAGAUUUAGUCCAGGCGUUAAAAGAGGUGGACAUGGUGCUGGAAUGUGUCGGUGAAAAUCCUGCACUGAAGAAACAAGUCUUUACUCGUUUGAGUGAAGUUUGCCCACCGCACUGCAUUCUGGCAACAAGCGCCUCCACAACUAGUAUUGGGGAAUUGGCAAAGGUGACACGACGACCUGAAAAGGUCAUUGGGUUGCAUUUUAUUCCCCCCUCCGAUGUUACACCCCUGUUGGAGAUUGUGCAAGGGUCUUGUACCGAUCAGUUCACUAUUCUGCAGGCUUUGCGCGUGGGCCAUUUGUUUCAUAAGGCCGUCAUUUUAACGAGAGACUUGGGGGCGUGCUUGACGACCCGUCUUUUUUCUGCUGGCCUCUACCAGGCAUUUGCUAUGCUUGAGGAAGGGGCCUUUCCUGUUGAGGUUGACCGCGCGCUUCGACGGUUUGGCUUCCGUCUUGGCGUAUUUGCAUUGGAGGAUCUCGCAGGACUUGAUUUUACGGCUGAAAUUCGUACACGACUGCAGAAAAAUAAUACCACCUUCUCUUCUCAAGCGGAUGUGUACACAAUACCGCGGCUGCUGGUGGAAGAAGGACGUCUUGGGCAAAAGAGAGGACUUGGUUGGUAUAAUUACGAGAAGGGCACUUUUUUUAAUUCCAUCGUCACAAAACUGCGUGGCGCAAAGCGAGCUGAAAAUGAAGAAGGCGUCGCCGCAUUAGGUGUAUGGCGCAAAGGUGGUGCAUCACUUAAACGUGUACCGCGUCCUGACCGGGCAGUGGAGUUAUUAAUUCUUGACGUCUGUCGGAAAAAAGAUAUUUUGCGUCGGGAUAUCAGCGAAAGGGAAAUUGUGGAGCGUAUUAUAUUUGCCAUCAUUAAUGAGGCCGCAAAACUACUUGGGGAAGGUGCUGUUUUAAGCUCGGCGGAUGUGGAUGUGGCUAUGACAUUUGGCUACGGCUUUCCAGCGUGGAAGGGUGGUGUCUGCUACUAUGCUGACAAGUUUGGUAUAGCGAACAUUGUACAUCGCAUGCGUAUUUACAAUCGUGCCUUUGGCGAUGCCGUCUUUCCUUUACCCUGCGACGUGUUGGCUUCAAUGGUGACCUCGCAACAAACCUUCCGCUCCAUGUGGCAGUAA